AUGAUGAGCACACGAAAGAAAGGUGCUAAGAAGGAUCGUAUCGAGAACAGACGUGGCAGAGGUAAGCCUGAUUCUAAACAACCACCAAGAGGAAUGAGGGCCAUUAUUAGGUGGAAUAGUUCUAAUUUGCCCGUUGGUCCAUGUUCGACCCGCUUGAAUGCAUAUAUUGGGGUUCUAGUGCGUAGAUCGACCAUUAUCAACCCUUAUUUUCAAUUUCGAGAACUACCAUGGAGCGCAUACGAGGCGAUAUGGACAGAGCUUAUGGACUGCUUCUGCCUUGAGGACUUUGAGGGGGCUUGGAAUUAUGUGUUCAAUGUCAAGGUUGAAGCAGUUCUCAAACAAUGGAGGCAUGAGAUCAAACAUGAAACCUAUGACAGGUAUGAGGAGGACUGGCAGAGGUUUUUAAACCUCGACGCCCGAGUUGACGAGGUUCAUUUCACAGCUCUCCUCAUGUAUUGGGACAGCGAUGCCUCCAAGAAUAAAUCCACGAAGGGGUCAGAAAAUAGAAGAAAGAAGCUGCAUGACCACCACUUGGGCUCACACUCCUAUGCCAAUCUGGAGGAUGUUUAUUGUCAGGAUACGGGAAAAUCAUUAAUGCCAAUACACUUGAGGGCGAAAGCGGCGUAUGGCAUUUUCCGUGAUAGAUAUAGGGGUGAUGAGAAGAAUCGAGAUAAGAUCAAGGCAAAUCUCGAGUUGGUGGAGGGAUUUGAGGCUGCAUCAAAGGAGGCUGCAACUGUGUAUAUGUCGCAGCAGGAGGAACAAUCUGAGCCGGACCCUCACAUGCUUUCUGCAGAGGACAACAUUACUCUCACACAGCAUUUGAUGGGUCAUAAUAGGAGAGGGAGAUAUCCUCUGCAUGGUGUUGGAGCUUCACCCGGCGUAAGCAUGAGGUCAUCCACAACAUCCUCCACACCAUUUACAUCCAUGAGAGCAGCCCCGCCUCGGUUCCAGGCUAUGCCAUUUGUCGCACGUAUCUCUGCAUAUUUGCUUGACAAGAUUGACUCGGAGCUACAUAUCUAG